AUGUCAAAAUAUUUAUUUUUUACUUUAAUAUUAAUUGUCACUGCUUCAAUAAAUAAUGCUAUUAUUUUCAAAACUAAUUGCAGUGAAGCACCUCCAGAAAUACAAUCAUCUUGUAGGCGUAUGCAAAAUUCAAUGCUUAUGUCGAUGGAUAAAAUGGCAGCUGAUCAGCCACCUGCGCCUGUUACACAGGAACCUGUAAACGAGCCUUCAACACAAAAAGAAAUGGCAGCUGAACAGCCACCUGUACCAAAUACUCAGGAACCUGUAAACGAACCUUCAACACAAAAAGAAAAGGUAUGAAAAGGGAAAAAAUACACUCCACAUAAGAGAUUC